UCUAAAUUUCAUCAGUGGAAUGAUAUUUCUGGUCAUGUGGUACCAAUUAUAUUGGCAUUAUUUUUGGGCAAUUGGAGUGACAGAAGAGGCAGGAAAUUACCCCUUGUAAUUGGAUUAACUGGUAAAGCAAUAUAUUCUGGAAUGGUUGUUGUAAAUAUGUUACAGCCAAAUUGGAAUUUAAAUAUGAUAGUUUGGACAGCAACAAUACCAUCGGGAAUGCUUGGUGGUGAUGUUGCCAUAUUUGCAAGUUGUUUUGCCUAUAUUGCUGAUGUAUCCUCACACAAACAAAGAACACUCAGGGUCACAAUCCUUGACAUUGCCUACUUGAGUGCAAUGCCAACAGGUAUAUAUCUUGGAUCAUAUUUGUAUAAUAAAGUUUUUGAUAAAUCUUAUACAAUAAUGUUUGCGAUAAAUACAUCACUACUUGUAUUGUCCAUAAUAUAUUCAUUGAUUUUUUUAAAAUGGCAAACUAAUGAACGCCAAAAGCCAGUUGACACCAAAAAUAUAAUAUCAGAUUUUUUUGAUAAAGACCAUGUAAUUAGUACAUUUAAAACUAUUACUAAAACACGACCAAAAUUUGGUAGACUACAUCUUUGGAUAUUAUUUAUUGCUAUGAUACUCUAUAUGUUUCAACGUGCUGAAACUCAAAUGAUUUUUUUAUACACUCAACGUGUUUUUAACUGGGAUGUUACAGCCAAUAGUUAUUUUCGAGUAUAUAAAUCAUCUUUGUUAAUCAUUGCUAUGCUUAUUGUUGCUCGGACUUUGGAUGGAGUAAUAAGAGACACGUACAUUGUGGCUCUUGGGGCAUUGUCCCAUGCUAUUGGAAGAGUUUUAUUUGCCACUGCUAAAACAACAACAGUAUUUUAUAUUGGUGCUAGUUUUGCUGCAUUUGGACCAAUUGUUGCUCCAACAUUACGAUCAAUGACAUCAAAAGUUGUACCAGCUCAUGAACGAGGUAAAGCUUUUGCAAUUUUAGCAGUUUGUGAUAAUGCUGUUCCAUUGAUAAGCAGUCCAUUGUACAGUCAGCUCUACAUCAAAACGUUAAAUUAUUUUCCAAGUGCAAUUUAUUGGCUGACAUUUGCAACACAAGUUUCAAUAUUAUUCUUGGCUUUAAUUAUUCGGUGUACAAUGAGGUCAAACGAAGAAGAAUUUGAAGACAAUGAAAAUGAACAAUCAAGUUCAGACAAAAGAACUACUGCUCAAGACAAAACAGAAGAAUGAAAACAACAAAUUAUUUGUCAAUUAAAAUAUUUUAAUUGAUCACCAAGUGGUCACUAGUACUAAUCAAUUAAAUUUAUAAAUUUUUUAAAUUAUCAAAGCCCUUCAUAAUGUUGCUAACCGACUGAUAUUUACUCGAAUAUUACAAACUGUUAUUUACUUAUUCAUUUUAAUUUUUUUUUUUUUUUUAAUUUGAGAUUAUAUAGAUGGUUGAAUAUUUUGAAUAUUUUUUAAAUUAUUAAUUUUUUUAAAAGACAUAAAAAAUAAAUAAAUAAUUUGAUAAUAUUUUUUAUAAACUUUUUAAUUGAAUUGUAAGUUCAUGAUGGAAUUUUAUGUGCCAUAUCAUCAAAUAAAUGUUGAAUAUAAUUCACGUAAUGCAUUGAAUUGCAUAACAAGU